CGGGACGGGGCGGAGCCGGGGGACGGUAAGAGCGGGGCGGUAGGGGCCAUGGGCAAAGACUACUACCAGACGCUGGGCCUGGCCCGCGGCGCGUCGGACGAGGAGAUCAAGCGGGCCUACCGCCGCCAGGCGCUGCGCUACCACCCGGACAAGAACAAGGAGCCCGGCGCCGAGGAGAAGUUCAAGGAGAUCGCCGAGGCCUACGACGUGCUCAGCGACCCGCGCAAGCGCGAGAUCUUCGACCGCUACGGGGAGGAAGGUCUAAAGGGCGGUGGUCCCAGUGGCGGGAGCAGCGGUGGUGCUAACGGUACUUCUUUCAGCUAUACAUUCCAUGGAGACCCUCAUGCUAUGUUUGCCGAGUUCUUUGGUGGCCGAAAUCCCUUUGAUAACUUUUUUGGGCAGCGGAACGGGGAAGAAGGCAUGGACAUCGAUGACCCGUUCUCUGGCUUCCCCAUGGGCAUGGGUGGCUUCACCAACAUGAAUUUUGGCCGUUCCCGCCCUGCCCAGGAGCCCACCCGAAAGAAGCAAGAUCCCCCCGUCACCCACGACCUUCGGGUCUCGCUUGAAGAGAUCUACAGCGGCUGUACCAAAAAGAUGAAGAUCUCCCACAAGCGGCUGAACCCCGAUGGAAAGAGCGUUCGCAGUGAAGACAAAAUCUUGACCAUCGAAGUGAAGAAGGGGUGGAAAGAAGGGACCAAAAUCACCUUCCCCAAGGAAGGAGACCAGACCUCCAACAACAUUCCAGCUGACAUCGUCUUUGUUUUAAAGGACAAGCCACACAAUAUCUUUAAGAGGGAUGGCUCUGACGUCAUUUACCCCGCCAGGAUCAGCCUUCGGGAGGCUCUGUGUGGUUGCACAGUGAACGUCCCCACUCUGGACGGCAGGACUCUACCCGUUGUGUUCAAAGAUGUCAUCAGGCCUGGCAUGCGGCGAAAACUUCCUGGAGAAGGCCUCCCCCUCCCUAAAACGCCCGAGAAACGCGGAGACCUCAUUAUCGAGUUUGAAGUGAUCUUCCCUGAAAGGAUUCCCCAGACAUCAAGAACCGUACUUGAGCAGGUUCUUCCAAUAUAGCCACCUGCACUCCCCAAAGACUGACCAGGGACCUUUCAGAGCUCAAGGAUUCCAGAUUGUUCCACCCAGUUGUGGGCCCGCAAGAGGGCGGGAGGGCCCAGGAAGGGCUUUCGUACUGCUGAAUGUUUUCCAGAGAAUAUAUUACAAUCUUUCAAAGUCGCGCACUAGACUUAAGUGGUUUUUCGAGCGAUAGGGCUGCAGGUGGUGGGGACAGCAGGAACAGGUACUCCAGCCUGCCUCUCUGAGUCCUGCAGCCCUUCCCCUCCUCUUCAGUCCCCACCCAGGGGCAGAGGCCGACCCACAGCUGGACUUGAUCCCCUCUGUAGUUCUGUGCUUCCUUCUGGCUAUCCCACUGUCUUGGUUACCAGACACUGUACACUCUUCAGCAUUUGUUGUAUGCUCAGUUUGUGUCUUGUUUUUUGUUGUCUCCCACGUCUUGCUGUUCCCUUGCAGAAUCCUGUUUUCUCUUUGGCCAUCUCAAAUUGAGAACUUAGACCAUUUCUGCAGAACUGCCUAGCCGGCACCCACAAGCAAUACCUCUCGUUCCAGCAGGACCAAGGGAGUCGGCCUCACGCCAGCAACUUGCACCACAGCCUCCUGGCAAAGGUCUGGGGGCCCUGGGACCCUGACGCUGGUGAGGCCAAGCGUGCUCACUUAGGAGUCACACUCUUCCUUCUCUGUAAGGCAAUCUUUUGGCACACCUGGGCUUCACUGGAGCCCAGGGAAUUUUUUGUUCCCUUCUGAACUGAUGGACUCUGGACUCUUUCAAAGGGAUCUGAUCCUUUUGAAUUUUGCACAGCCCUAGAUAUAAUCCCUUUUGAUAAAAGGGUCUUUGCUUCUGAUUACAGGAGCACUGUGGAACGUCUGUAAAUACGUUUUUAUAAUUCCAUGUAAAGUUGGUGUGCACUCAAAUGAAGCCAGUCCAGGACAGCCGCUGCUCUCUGUAUAGAGCCAUAUUGCAGUCUAGAAGAAACCUUGGCGGGAGGUGGAGGGAGUUGGAACAAGUGUCUGUUCCCUGGAGGCCAGUUCUGGUGCUCAGCCCUUUAGAGUCAUUGUAAGUUGCCACUGCUGACCCAAGACUAAAGCCUGUGACUUGUCAUUGUGCAGUGCAAAGGCAUUAAAGACUGAUGCGAAACCUCA